CAAAUCCAAAACCAGACGACGAACCAGUUCUCUCUCUUCCCUCCCUCGUUGCCGCGCCUUUCUCUCCCCUCUCCUUCAUCUCUUCCGCGUCUCUCUUAGUUCUUCUAUAUAUACAGCCUCUCUCUUUCACUCCGAUUGUCUCCGCCUUCUACUUUAACUGCUUCACGCCAUUCUCUCUCUUUCUUUCUCUCUCUCUCCCCUUCCUCUUCUUCACUGUGCAACUUUUUCAACUGUCAAGAAAUAUGAAAGUGGAAGAACUCCAAUUCGAAUUCAAUCGUCUCCACCACCAUCACCAGCACCUCCAGCGGCAGAGUAAAGAGAAGACCCAUUUGGGUCUCGCCGAACUCUCAUCGGCCGUCGUCCCUGCCGAUGAUGGUGGUGGGUUUGAGAAGGUCAUUGACGGCGAAGACGAGGAUUGUUUCGUCCAGCCGAUCAAUUUCGCCAUGGUAGAUAACGGCAUUUUCCGGUCCGGCUUCCCUCAACCCGACAACUUCUCCUUCCUCAAAUCCCUCGGUCUCCGCUCCAUUGUAUAUCUCUGUCCCGAGCCGUAUGCGGAGGAAAGCUUAGAGUUCUUGAAGUCAAAUGGGAUCAAGCUUUAUCAAUUUGGGAUUGACGGUCACAAGGAGCCUUUUGUAAGCAUCCCGGAGGACACAAUCUGUCAGGCCCUAAGAGUUGUCCUUGAUGAGAAGAACCACCCAGUUUUAAUUCACUGUAAACGAGGAAAGCACCGAACGGGUUGUGUGGUAGGCUGCUUCAGAAAGUUACAAAAAUGGUGCUUGUCGUCAGUGUUUGAUGAGUACCUACGCUUUGCAGCAGCCAAGGCAAGAGUUUCAGAUCUGAGAUUCGUGGAAUCGUUCGAUACUUCCAGCUUGUCGGCACAUUUGCCCAUGUCUUUCUCUUUUUCACAGAGGUGAUGAACCCAGAAAGUUGAACAUAGGGGUUUUCUUUUCAUUUUGAUGUGAAAGCAAAACCCAGAUCCUCCUCUGCAAUAAGUUAGCAAUAAAAUGCAUUGCAGCGGCAAAGGAGUAGUCUUUCUUCUGGCAUCUUAGAAUAAGGGAAAAAGUCCUAGCAGUUUUAGGAUUUCUAGUUUGAUGCUACAUUGCCCUCAAUCCCUUUUCUUUUCUUUUUUAAUUGAUGUUUUCAAGCAGCCAAUUCAUGAGAAACAGUGUAGAUAUGUGUUGGUCUUUUCCUUUUAGACUUGUGAAAAAUUCAAGAAAUUUCAGGAAAAAGCUUUCUAUCACUGAAA